AUGGUGAAAUUCAAAGGACGACUAUCUUUCAAGCAGUAUAUGCCCAACAAACCCAUAAAGUGGGGAGUGAAAGUGUGGGCUUUGUGUGAAAGCACCAGUGGUUACUGCUUGGGUUGGUAUCCCUACACAGGUAAACAAAACGUGACAGGACUAGGACUUGGGUACGAUGUUAUCGACGCCCUCACACAGAACUUUCAUGCAUAUGGACAUCAUUUGUUUUAUGACAAUUUUUAUUCCUCACCUUUUCUCAGUUUGCAAAUGAUGGAUCAUGAUAUUGCAACAUGUGGUACCAUCAGAUCUGACCGCAUUGGAUAUCCAAGAAACUUUACUGACAUUCCCCUGGCUCGUGGUGCAGCCCCUCUGUUCAAGAAGUCAGGGAACCUCAUGGCAUGCACUUGGCAGGAUAAUAAGCGUGUGAAUGUGUUGUCAACAAUCCAUGGCAUUGGAGUGAAUGUCAAUCAGGUCAGGGACAGGAAAGAUGCUACAGGCUUCAGACAAGUACAUAAACCAGUUUGCAUUUCUGAGUACAAUAAGUAUAUGGGGGGCGUUGACCUGAUGGAUCAGCUGCUUCAGUACUAUGAGUUCCCUCAUUGGAGCCACAAGUGGUAUACACCCAUCUACCACCGUAUUCGUGAAGUUGCAGUUGUAAAUGGCUUCAUUCUUUACAAGAAAGUCAAUCCUCAGGGCAAGAUGACACAUUUGAAGUUCAGACAAGGGGUUAUUGAUGGAUUGGUACAAGGUUUGGCUUCAACCCGCAAGCGCCGUGGCCGUCAAAGUCUUGCAGCUGACAGGGAUCUCCGCCUAACGGAGAGACAUUUUGGCUGGACCCCUACCAAGAACUACAAGCCAGACUGCUCUGUCUGUUGUGAUAGAAAGAUAAAGAGGGUGCAAACUUCAGAUGGUUGCAAAAACUGCAACAAGCCUAUGUGUUGGCCAGAAUGCUUUGAGGUCUAUCACACGGUGCAGGACUAUCGACGCGUUGGUAGGACCAUUUCUCAAAGGAAAUAUGACGCCCGGGAUGCUGCAAGGAACCAGCAGUAACAAUGGGAAUAGCUUAUUCUGUUAGUUAGUAACUGGAAAACAGAAUAAGCAUACAAUAAACUGACAAUAACAAGGUGUUGUGUAAAAAGAACUGAACUUUAUUCGAUAACGAGUGGAUAUUACCAUUGUAUUUACGUUUUGGACCACAAGGGGUUAAUUUGGAAUCCUUUUCAAGAAAACCAAGUUUGCAGAUUGAAAGUUUAGGUUAGAACAAACAACUUUUAU